AUGGAAACUAAUAGUAGUUCGAAAGAAGCUCCAUCAAUGGAGACAAAUAGCGAGAUGGAGGAUACAUCCUCAAGUACUUCUCAGAGGAGCGAGGCGAACAGUGGAAUCUGCCCAUCUCAUUCGAGUGGAGAUGAAUCCGCAACGCAGGAGGGUCAACGAAUCGUUGGGGACCGAUUCCAAUAUUCAAGUGAGACAAUUAACCGCCAUGUGAAGACGGUGAUGCGGGCACUACAUCAGCUUGAGAGGACUGUGAUUAGGCGCACAAAGACAGAUGGGGUCCAUCCUUACAUUACGAAGAACCCCCACAAUUAUCCAUGGUUUGAGAAAUGUCUUGGUGCAAUGGACAACACCAUGAUUGACGCUGCUGCACCAUCUAGGCUGAGUAACGCAUAUAGAAAUCAUCGUGGUCGAAUCGCACAAAAUGUACUAUGCUUAUGCGACUUCAAUAUGAAGUUCACAUAUGUAUAUACUGGCUGGGAGGGAACAGCACAUGAUGCAAGAGUAUUCCUGGAUGCCUUGAGUCGACGUUAUUAUUACCUUGUCGAUUUCGCAUUCCCAUGCAUUGAGAAGUUUAUGCCUCCAUAUCCACGAGAGAGGUAUCAUCAGUCUGAUCGUUAUAGCGGUCGUCAAUUCCGAGGAUAUAAAGAUUAUUUCAACUUCUGCCAUUCAUCGCUGCACAACAUUAUUGAACGUACAUUUGAGUUAUUGAAAAACCGAUUUCAAAUAUUGAAUGCGAUGCCUCGAUAUCGCCCUACACGGCAAGGAAUGCUUGUUACUGCAUGUUGUACGCUGCACAACCUUAUUAGAACUGUAACGCCCAAUGAUGAGUUCAUUCAGGCAGCACUGGCGCUUCAGUUUAGUGAAGAAAAUACAACCGGGAACUCUGAAGUGGUUGACAUGUCCCAUGAGUCAGCCGAAGCUAUGGCAUCACAGAGAGAUGCGAUUGCGAUCCUAUGUGGGAAGGUAGGUUUGGAGAAUGAACGUGUAGAAGUUUAUUUCAAAACAGUUUAUGGUUUUGUAAUAUUUAGAUAA